AUGGCGAUAGCUACACUCACUCUUAAUGACGGCAACCAAGUCCCUUGGAUCGGGUUUGGCACCGGCACGGCGCUGUACCAGCAAGACGCACAGAGCUCUGUCGAAACCGCCAUAUCCAACGGUUUCACGCACCUCGACGGUGCCCAGAUGUACGAGAACGAAGAAAGCUUGGGUGCUGCCAUCAAGGGCUCCGGCGCGCCGCGCUCCACGCUUUUCGUUACCACUAAGCUCCACAAAUUGCAGCCCGGCCAGACAGCCAAGACCGCGCUGCAUGUGUCGUUGAAGAAACUGGGCUUGGAGUACGUGGAUCUGUACCUCGUGCACGUGCCCGGCGACCAUGCGGGCCGGUUGAAGGAGGUGUGGAAGUCGAUGGAGGAGUGCAAGAAGGAAGGACUGGCGAAGUCCAUCGGGGUGUCUAAUUUCGAAGUUGCACACUUCCAGGAGAUCUUGGAGGGCGCUGAGUUUCCGCCUGCGGUCAACCAGAUCGAGAUCCACCCGUAUGUGUGGAAGUCCUUACAGCCUGUGAUCGCGUUGCAUAAAGAACACGGUAUUAUCACGUCCUCGUAUGGUGGACUAUCGCCCCUCUUCCGCGCACCAGGAGGGCCGCUGGACCCCGUCAUCGAGAAAAUCCGGGCACGCCUUGAGUCCACUCGAGGACAGCCCGUGUCAAUAGGUCAUGUGCUCAACAAGUGGUUGCAGCAGUAUGGCAUUUUGGUCAUCACCACUUCGAGCAAGGCGGAAAGGAUGAGAGAGUAUCUUGACACAGCCAACGUUCCGGAGUUGACAGCUGAGGAGAUCGAGUCGAUCGAGAGUGCUGGGGCGCAGCGUCACCAGAAAUUCUUCGUAUGUCCGAUUGAUUUGAAUGAUCGUUAUAGUACUGAUCAAAAUGCUUUAUAG